UCAGAGAGAAACGGCUAACUGAAGGGUUGUACCAUUCUCCAACCACAGGGCAACACAUGGAGCUCAGUAAAGAACACCUACAUGGACUUGUGCACUGAAAGCUUGCUGCCUCCCCCGCCCGGGUUUAGAUUCAAUGGAGCAGCCUGCUGUGCAAGCUUGGAGGGGGUUAGCAGGAGUGAGCAGUUAGAGAACCAGCUGAUCAGAAAAGCACAGGCACAUUCAGGGAGUGGAGGUGAAACGCUUUAGUAGAAAUGGUUCCUUCCACCAGUGGGGACCAUGCUGAGGAAACAGUCUUUCUAGGGCGAUGAGAAGGCAGAUGGAAAUUUAAAAAGCAAAAGGGAUUGGUGCCAAGUGAGCGAUUCACCACCCAGCACUGAGUCGAGAGUGCCACAGGGGAAAGGAGAUGUCGUCUUGGUUGUCACCCGUGUCAUGGGCCAAGUGGACGUGGACGGCGGUGCGAGGAGCAGAGGAGGGGAGCGAGGAGAAGGAGGAGGAGGAGGAUGAAGAGAGAUCUCAAGGCUGCAGUUCUGACUCAGACGGUCAUUUCGACACACCCGAGGCGGCGACUCCUGUCCGCGGCCCACCGGUCAUCCCAGAAGAGCUGGAAAGUGGCAAUGCUGACAACAAAACAGAUGCAGAUCAGGAGGAGCAUCUGAUGGUUACAGCUCCAAUCGGGUACCACAAUAAUUUACUCUUGGACAUGGGUCAGGAUGAACCAGCCAUACCCAUGCAAGACCCCCUGGGAAUGAGCAGCAAGCAUCUCGAAGCACAACAAAACCCAUCAAAACCGCUAGACUAUGAACCUGCUCCUGAUUCAUUCCCAGUCACAUCAAUUCCAGAAACGGGCACAGCACCACCACCAGAACCCCCACGGGAAGAGACAUUGAUUCCUGAAGUCUGCCAAUUUCCAACACCAGAACCCCCCCGAGAAGAGACAUUGGUUCCUGAAGUGGUGAGCUGCACAGUUCCAUCACCAGAACCACCCCGAAACACAGAUCCCGUCUUGGUUGAUGAACCAUAUCUGGAUCUUGCUCCAGCUUCCUCUCCUGCUCCCGUGGCAAACUCAAUCCAAAGCAUUGAAGCUGUUCCAAGCCAUGUUCUGGAGCACUCAAAGGAGAAGCCUCUUGUUGAGUCGGAACCACAGCACAGUGAUGUCACGAAAAAAUCCGAAUCCAGCUCAAAAACUAAACCACGCAAAUCGACACCUCCAUCCCUGUCAAUAAAGCAGACACAGAAGGAGGAUGCACAAACCAAUGAGGAAGAGGAAAUCCCUGUUCCCAAAGCCUCCUACAAAUUUGACCCUGACCAGAUAGAUGACAGUUUCAAUCCUUUCACUAGCGGCGGACCCAAAAUCCAAAAUUCUCCACCACCAUGCAGUUCAAUAACUUUCCCCAGACCUGAGCCGCUCGGCAGCUCUUUAAUUGAAGACAACAGUGCUGCAGCACCGACAGAAGAAUCUACAUCAGAGGCAAAACCUGUGAGGCUGGAGUUUGGGCCGGACGAGGGGGCGGUUAGCAAACCACCUCCCAAGAAAUUGGGAUCUAGAAAAACAACCAGCAAACCCAGGAAGCAAGUGAGGCCCAAAGUGGCAGAGACUCCUUCCGAACCGGCACCGGAACCUGCAGUGUCAGAAUCGGCUUCUGAGAACGCACCAGAGACAAAUGUCCAAAUUUCAGACACCACUGUGCCUGUCAACCUGGACGACGUUCCCAUUCCAAGUAAAGGAUCGUAUAACUUUGACCCCAGUCAGUGGGACGACCCCAACUUCAAUCCAUUCGGGACCAGCAACACUUUGAGCAGUUCUCCCGUCCUCCCCAAAGGCUCUUUCACUUUCGACCCGAACAAUUUUGACGAUUCCGUGGACCCUUUCAAGCCCUCCAACACCUUGAGCAACGAGGAUUCGUCCAGUUGUUCCAAUCAGUGUGAGAAGAAAACCAAGGACCAAAGUAAACAGAAAACAGAGCAACCGAUGGGAAAGAAGAGCAUUCGUCAAGUUCCCAAGAAAAGCAAAGAGAGGAGAGCCGAGAAUCCCUGUAAAGUUGAGAAACAUGACGAGAGCCAAUCGCAAACGCGGGACAUGUGCAAGCAGGAGGAGAACGAGGUGGUCGUUUGCUCACCAGAGAUUUCCCAACCAGUUCACCACGCCACUGAUGAGGAGAAGCUGGCAUCCACCGGCAUGAUGGGGCAAACAAUGCAAGACGAGCACCUGCGGAAAGAAGAGUCUGAAUGUAUCGAUACAUUUGUCAAAAAACAGACAAUCGAGGAAACACCUGUAUCAGAUGCUCAGGAGACAGUGGAUCAUGAAGAUGAGAAGGACACAUGUAUUAUGAAGGAUGACAAAUGUGAGACACAAACAACAUGCAGCAGUGACGCAGCGGCGCCGUCCCGAGACAAAAUUUCCCUGACUGAGAUUGACAAGGCUGCAGUGCUGACCCUCAUUAGAGAGGAGAUAAUCACAAAAGAGAUCGAGGCCAGUGAGUGGAAGACAAAGUACGAGGAAAGCAGAGCUGAGGUUUUAGAGAUGAGGAAAAUUGUUGCAGAGUAUGAGAAGACAGUUGCCCAGAUGAUUGAGGAUGAGCGGGAGCAGAAGACGCUGUCCAGCAGUAAGUCGGUCCAACAGCUGACUAUGGAGAGGGACCAGGCCCUGGCCGACCUCAGUUCUGUAGAGCGCUCCUUCGCAGACCUCUUCAGGCGCUAUGAAAACAUGAAGGGGGUCUUGGAGGGCUUCAAGAAGAAUGAGGAGGUCCUGAAGAAAUGUGCACAGGACUACCUGACACGCAUCAAGCAGGAAGAGCAGCGUUACCAAACCCUCAAAGUGCACGCAGAAGAGAAACUGGAUCGGGCCAAUGAGGAGAUAGCGCAGGUGCGUUCCAAGGCCAGCGCGGAGGGGGUGGCACUAAACGCCAGCCUGAGGAAGGAACAGAUGAAGGUGGACUCGCUUGAGAGAGCUGUCCUUCAGAAGAAUCAGGAGAUUGAGGAGCUCACAAAGAUCUGUGAUGAACUGAUUGCCAAAAUGGGAACGGAAUAAGAGGUCAUGUCCGCUUCUAAGAGAGCACACAAACCAUUGUCGUGCAUAUCAAUAUACUUCAAGUAUCUGGAGUAAAUAUUGUACAUGGUUGCAUACCUCAUACUAAAAUAUUGAACUAGAGCAGUGCUUAAGCACAAAAUUGUGUAUAAUUUGGAAAUAUGGAUGCUUAUGGAUGUUUUACUUCCAGGUUAUUGACUAUUGUGGGAAAAAAAAAUAUUUUAUCACCAUGAUGUCAUCCAAAUAUGUAAUGAAAGGUCACGACCUUUCAUUGCCUGAUUGUAAAUACAGUCAUGUCAGUCAGUCAGUCAGUGCCUGAGCUGAAGUGGGCUUGUAGAGACUUCAUAUAUAAGGUAGUGACUAUUUUUUUAUGUUGUCUGUUUUAUUGAGUCAGAGUGUACAGCUUUGCAAAGUAAUGACAUCAUGAGUUUUAUUCCACCGACAUUUGUGGGAUCAUUUAGAAGAAGAGCACAUGGAAAAACUGAAUCAUGCAACCUCUUGCUCACAAGUUUGCAAGCACGACCAUCAUUUUUUGUCACUAUCAUGUUUUCCAAAUACGGUGUGCCUUUAUUGUGUCUAUUUUGUAAAAAGAGAAAAACACGUGUUACCGUAAGCUCCUCAUGCAGUCAUUCGUCUCUUGUGGCCAAAGUGCACGUCUCGCACGUCCAUCCACUUCCACGUGAUUGCACGCAAUGUGUAUUUGCUGUUCAAACACGUUCCAGCAUUGACGGCAUUCUCAGGUCUGAUUGAACCCGAGGGAAGAUGAAGAAGAAGUCAUGUGAUGGAUGGAAGGAUGGAUGGUCUGAUUCAUGGAAGAGUCUUUUCAGCACAAUCUAUUGCCAAAAAAUAAUGACAAAUGACAUUCUGUUGCAGUGAAUUUUUGAACAUAAAAAUAUUGUACAUUUUAUACUUGAUGAAAAGCCUUGUUGUUUGUAUAUGGAAUUAGUACUCCUGUAUACUCAAAGGUAUAUUUUGUGCAUUCCUAAAUAAAAAGUGUUUGCUGUUUUACUCCACAA